AUGAGCCAUUUAAUGCAUUUGAAACUUUCCUUCGAGCGGCAUCUCCGGACCAAACCUUCCCGGAUGAGCACGGUUAUCGCCGAAGCUCUGCCGGAACGUCUUCCUGUUGAGGAGGAAUGCAGCUCUUCCUACAGCCCAAAUCACUUCUACCCCGUGCGUCUCGGAGAGAUCUUCAAUGAGAGAUACCAAGUCGUUGCAAAACUUGGAUUUUCAUCCAACUCAACUAUUUGGUUGGCGAAAGAUCUUCACCAAUGGCGUUGGCGCUCGGCACGCUACGUUGCCGUCAAAGUAAAUGCGAACCCUGACGAUGUCAAGAGUGCUGCUGAAAGGGAAUUCCAAGUCUCCCAGCUUCUCCAAGGGACCAAAUCACGCCUCGUCAAUAGCAAGCCGGCCGGGAUUACGGGACACCAGUACGCCCACAUACUACAAGACUAUUUCAACCUGAAUGGGCCGCAUGGAGUCCAUUUCUGUACCAUCUCUGAUCCCCUGGGAGAGUCUCUCGAAGAUUUAAAGCAGCGCUUAGAAGGGAGGAUUCCUUUGAAUCUCCUGAAGGCUGUCACCAGAAUGAUACUCAGAGGCCUUGAGUUCCUUCACGCCGAGUGCCUCUUCAUCCACACAGAUCUGAAGCCGGAAAGCAUAAGGUUAACUCUGGGGAGGUGGGAACCCCAAGCUGUCGCGCGGGCCGAACGGAAAACACCACGGCCUCAGAAGAAACUCGAAGAUCGGACAAUAUAUACUUCGCGCCAGGCCGGCGAUCUCAACGACCUGGUAAGAGUAGUGAUUACUGACUUUGGAGCUUCGGUGGCUGGAAAUGACUGCUUUCGGUAUGAGCAUCUAAUCCAAUCCCUUCCAUACCGCGCUCCAGAGGUAAUCAUUGGGGCGGGGUGGAGUUAUGGUGCCGAUAUCUGGAAUCUCGGCGUCAUGAUUUGGGACUUGCUUGAAGGAAAGAACCCAUUCGAUUCAAUCUCUAGCAUGAACGCAGCUUCAGCUAGGAAGCAUCUUGCUCGUCUCAUCGGCUUCCUCGGGCAUCCACCAAACGAUCUUCUUGCUCGGGGGUCAGAUACCCAUCGAUAUUUUGAUGAUAAAGGCAACUUUCUAUCUCCCGAACUGAUACCCGAGAGUGUUCCUUGGGAAGGCCUUCUUUCUCGUGUUCAAGGGAACGAAAAAGCCGUGUUUUUAGACUUCAUCAGGAGAAUGCUGUGCUGGAGGCCAGGCGAUCGAAGCAGUGCCGAGGAACUUCUUUUACACCCGUGGACGAGUCAAGUGAAGACUGAAAGGCUUAUAGGUCGGGAGUGGUAUCACUAA